AUGUGCACCGGGAGGUGUGCCAAGUGCGUGGGGGGCACCCUCAUCCCCCUCAUUGUGUUUGGCAUCCUGGCUAACAUCCUUUUGUUUUUCCCUGGAGGAAAAGUGAUAGACAACAACGAACACCUUUCUGAAGAGGUCUGGUAUUUUGGAGGAAUAUUAGGAAGCGGGUUCUUGAUGAUCUUCCCUGUGCUGGUGUUUCUGGGCUUAAAGAACAAUGACUGCUGUGGGUGCUGUGGCAAUGAGAGUUGUGGGAAGAGAUUUGCGAUGUUCUCCUCCACAAUAUUUGCUGUGAUUGGAUUCUUGGGUGCUGGAUACUCAUUUAUCAUCUCAGCUAUCUCCAUCAACAAGGGUCCUAAAUGUCUCAUGGAAAAUAGCACAUGGGGCUAUCCCUUCCACAGCGGGGAUUACCUCAAUGUCGAAGCCUUAUGGAGCAAGUGCCAGGAGCCCAAAAAUGUGGUGCCCUGGAAUCUGACCCUCUUCUCCAUCCUGCUCAUCAUUGCAGUGUUCCAGAUGCUUCUCUGCACCAUCCAGGUGGUUAACGGCUUCCUGGGGACCCUGUGUGGAGACUGCUGUGGGGGAGAUGGACCAGUUUAA